UUCGUACGUCAAAUAUCGAAAAGUGCCAAAAAGUUAUUAAAUGAGUAAUUAUAAGCACAACUGCUCCCUCUCUGGACCUCCAAAAAUUAAUCAGUCGUAUUUCGGCGAAACUGAGACGUUGUGGAUGAAAUUAACUCGGGUGUCUCCACACAACUAUCACAGCAAAUCGUAUUUUCGCACCAAUGCAGCCAUUGAAUUGGAAAGACAAAGGCACCUUGCGUCUAACCUUCCAUGCGUAAUUCACCCCUUUAGUAUAUUUAGGAUAGUUUGGAAAUGCUGGAUGCUUUUUGUGCUCUUUUUUGGAUUGAUUCUAAUCCCACUUGACAUAGCCUUCUAUCCGGUAGUGAAUGCACCCGGUUUCACUUUCGUAGAAGUAAUAAUUGAUCUCAUUUGCAUAAUUGACAUCGUAAUCACUUUCUUUACCGGGUAUCCUGAUGUCCCAACAAAGACAGUGAUUCUGGAACCUAUCAUGAUUGCAAAGAGAUAUAUCCGAAGUUCACACUUUUACGUAAAUGUACUGUCUUCUUUACCAGCUGGAUUGAUAUGCAUUGGACACCAUUCAAAGCACGUAGUUGUUGAUUGCAUGUAUCUGCUCAAAAUUUUUAGGUUGUACGAUUUCUGCACCUUCAUGUAUCGUACUAUUAGUAUUUAUCAAAAAAAUGUACUAUGCGGUUUGAUUGUCCUAGUCGCAAUAGUAAUAGGGAUUGUUCUACAUUGGAUCACAUGCAUGUUGUAUGCAUUACCACGUAUGAUAAAAAUCUUGUCCGUGGGUGAUCAUAGCGACUAUUGGAUGGACAUGGAAGGGUCUAAGUUGACCGACACAGAUUCACUAGUUGCGAUCUAUAUUCAAUGCUUUUUUAGAGCGUCUUGUUUCUUUUUUAACGUUGAUCAUGGCGGCAAACUUCCAAAAACCUAUAUCGAUUUGGUACUAAGCAUAUCGACAUCCAUAAUCGGCUAUGUUUUAAUGGCGAUAUUGCUAAUUCUAAUACUACAAUACGUGUGUUCAGGUGGAUCGGCCGAAUCGAAAUACCAAGAGAUAGUCAGUCAGGUGCAGGAAUACAUGAGAUACAAGCAACUGCCCUGCGACAUUCAAAACAGAAUAAUGACGUGCUACGAGUAUCGUUUUCGGAAGAAAUACUUUCGAGAAGAGGUUAUAAAAGCUACGAUGUCCGAUCGUUUACGACGUGAAAUUAACGUAUACAAUUAUAGAAGGCUAAUUGACACGGUUUCUCUUUUUAAGGGCGUGCCAGAUCAGGUUGUUGUUGAUAUCGUUAACUGCUUAAGGCACGACAUAUUUUUACCGAAUGACAUCAUUAUGAAAGCCAACACCAUUGGUGAUUGUAUGUAUUUUCUAUCAAGUGGUACUGUCUGUGUCAUUACUCCAACUGGUCGGGAGGUGUGCCAUCUCUAUGACGGCGCUUUCUUUGGAGAGAUAGCUCUACUGCAAAAAGAUCAGAAACGAAUUGCGACUGUCUACGCACUGGAAAUAUGCGAAGUGUAUCGUUUGGAAAGAAAGUACUUUCAACAUUGUUUCGCUUCUAAUAUGGAAUUGUGUCGGAAAUUGCAAAGGGUUGCCGAUGAACGUCGCGAACAAACAGCCCUGAUCGAAGAUCUUCAAAACCAGUAUCUAACUUAGAUACUGCGGUGUUAG